GCAGGAUCGGAUAGCACAUGUCAUCUCUCGGAGGAAGACCUCGAUGCUUCGCUAAAUGUUCCCUGCUCCAUGUGGUGGAGCUACUUGUUGAAUCUCUUCAUGGGAAUCAUCACCUUGAUUACUAUGCUGCAUCGCACCGCUCGAAGAGGCGAUCAACGCCGAGACACCGUAUCUACAGCUCUUUCUCAACACAGGCUCGAGCGCCCUGGCUUAUGUGCUGUGUAUUCUUCUCCUGGUGCGCAUCUUCAGCGGCGAUAUCACAACGCUUGCCACGACCAGCCGCGAGGUCUUUGCUUUUCCCACGAGAUGGCGGGUUUCUGUUCUCCCAAUGGCUCAGUAAGAUUGAGCGAAGGCGAAACAUUUCUUUCAAUGCAGUAUACGCCACAUCCUUCUGGGUUGCAGUGCUCUGCGUCAUCAACAUUGGCUCAACAACUGCGCUCAAUAUCAUCUAUUCUCUUACCUUGCUGGCUCUGCUCAGCGCAUGCAUGGUCUCGAUCGGGUGUGUUUGUCUCAAGCGGAUCAGAGGAGAGCCACUGCCAGCGGCGCGAUGGAGUCUGAGACGAUACAGGCUUUCAAUCAACAACCUCGCCUUCCUUUAUUGCAGCUUUGCAAUAGUAUUCCACUUU